AAUCUUUCAAUUCCUCUCUACUCAAACCCAUUCUUCCAUUGUUAGUGUGCUCUCCCUUUACGUGCGUUGCAAGUAAGGCUAGAGGUUAUACAUACUGCCAUUCAAUUAAAUAAGUAGUUGAAUUUUGAAUUCUAUUUCUGUUAUUUCAUUAGAUUAGACUAGUAAAUUACCCCUGCCAUGACGAUAACACCCGCUGUCCGAGUUGCUGACCGGAAACUGGUGGUUAAGGACAGGGCAGUAGUCACAAACAUGCCGGAAAAUAUCAUCGCCGCUUCCGGUUCAGAUUCCGGUUCGGUGGAUGGGUUGUUCUUGGGGGCGGUUUUUGAUGAGAAAAGUAGCCGCCACGUUGUCCCUCUUGGGACGCUCCUGGACCUGCGCUUCUUUGCUUCUUUCAGGUUUAAGCUAUGGUGGAUGUCUCAGAGGAUGGGGACGCGUGGGCGUGACGUCCCGGUCGAAACCCAGUUCCUUCUCGUCGAAGUCAAAACCGGGGAAGAUUAUGUGUACGCUGUUUUCCUUCCGUUGAUUGAAGGGAAAUUCCGAGCUUGUCUUCAGGGGAAUUCUAAUGACGAGCUGGAAUUGUGCCUGGAAAGUGGAGAUGCGGACACAGUGGGAUCGGAUUUUACCCACUCACUAUAUGUCCACAUCGGAUCCGACCCGUUUACUGCCAUCUCCGACGCGGUAACGGCGGUGAAAUUCCACCUCAAGAGUUUCCGGCAGCGGCACGAGAAGAAGUUGCCGGGAAUCAUGGACUACUUCGGGUGGUGUACUUGGGACGCGUUUUACAAAGAGGUUACUGAAGAGGGAGUGGAGGCCGGGCUGAAGAGCCUCUCCUCCAGCACGACGCCGCCGAAGUUCGUAAUCAUCGACGACGGGUGGCAGUCAGUCGCCGGCGACCCAGAAAACGGGGAGAAAUCGGUGAUGAGGCUCACCGGAAUCAAAGAAAACUCCAAAUUCCGAGGGGAAAAUACCGGGAUCCAGAACAUAGUGAAUACGGCCAAGGAAAAGUACGGCCUAAAACACGUAUAUGUGUGGCACGCAAUUACCGGGUACUGGGGCGGGGUCCGACCCGGGAUGAAGGAAAUGGAGGCCACCCUGAAGUACCCAAACAUCUCGGAAGGGGUGAUGGAGAAUGAACCCACAUGGAAAACGGAUGCAAUUGCAGUUCAAGGCGUGGGUGUGGUUAACCCCAAAAGUGCACACAAGUUUUUCAAUGAGAUGCACGGGUACUUAGCAUCGGCAGGGGUGGAUGGAGUGAAGGUGGAUGUGCAGUGUAUAUUAGAGACCCUGGGGGGUGGGGUAGGGGGUAGAGUAGAGAUCACAAGGCAGUAUAAUCAAGCUCUUGAUGCCUCCAUAGCCAAGAAUUUCCCAGAUAAUGGCAUCAUUGCCUGCAUGAGCCACAACAUUGAUGCUCUGUACUGCGCGAAACAAACGGGUGUUGUGAGGGCAUCAGAUGACUUCUUUCCGCGUGAUCCUGUUUCCCACACCAUCCACAUUGCAGCAGUUGCAUACAACAGCGUUUUCUUGGGAGAAUUCAUGCAGCCUGAUUGGGAUAUGUUCCACUCUCUCCAUCCUGCAGCUGAGUAUCAUGCCUCCGCUAGGGCCAUCAGCGGUGGUCCAGUCUUUGUCAGUGAUGCACCUGGGAAACAUAACUUUGAUCUCUUGAAGAAACUUGUCCUCCCUGAUGGUUCAAUUCUCAGAGCUUGUUUGCCUGGCCGCCCUACAAAGGACUGCCUCUUCUCUGAUCCUGCUCGCGAUGGCAUUAGCCUAUUGAAGAUCUGGAACAUGAACAAAUACACGGGAGUGAUUGGAGUAUACAACUGCCAAGGCGCAGCAUGGAACGCUGUUGAGAAGAAGAACACCUUCCACCAAACAAAACCCGAGGCGAUUACAGGCCAAAUCAGGGGCCGAGAUGUUCAUCUCAUCUCCGAGGCAGCGUUGGAUUCCAACUGGAAUGGAAACUGCGCGGUUUACUCUCACCGGAGACGUGAACUCAUCACUCUCCCACACAAUGCAGCCUUGCCUGUCUCCUUGAAAGUCUUGGAGCACGAGGUUUUCAUAGUCACCCCAGUCAAGGACUUGUCCCCUGGCCUCAGCUUCGCACCUCUGGGGCUCCUUGACAUGUUCAAUGCUGGAGGGGCGAUUGUGGGACUUGAGUACGAGGAGGUGGGAUUAGCAGUUUCAAUGGAGGUGAAGGGGUGUGGCAGAUUUGGUGCUUACUCAUCUGCCAAGCCAAGAAACUGCACAGUUGGAGGAAACGUGACUGACUUUUCCUAUGAUUGGGAUUCCAAUUUGGUGACUUUGAUUCUACAUGAUCUACCUGCUCAAGGCCAGGAAGUUCACCACGUUACAAUUGAGUUAUAACACAAUAAUUCUUACCCAGACUUGAGAUUGAUUUAAUUGGGGACAAAUUCUUGUCUCCUUCAUUUUUUAUUUGAUUAGCUAGCUGGGAAUUGACAUAUGUAUCCAAUUGGAUUCAUUUUCCUACGAAUUUGGCAUGUAAAAUGCUUACUCAAGAGAUGAGUAGAAGGGACAGGGAAGUAGGGAACAAUUAUUUUCCAAUUAAUAAUAAAACUUCCAUUUUACAUGAA